UGGGGCGCAAUCAGGCCCCGCCCCAGGCCGGCCCACACCCGGACGAACUUGCCGCCCAGUUCGGUCUAGGCCUUACCCUAAGACCGCGAAACGCUCGCUGACCAUGGCCAUGAUCUUGGGUUACUGGGAUAUCCGCGGGCUGGCUCACGCCAUCCGUCUGCUCCUGGAGUACACGGACUCAUACUAUGAGGAAAAGAAGUACACGAUGGGGGACGCUCCCGACUAUGACAGAAGCCAGUGGCUGAAUGAAAAAUUCAAGCUGGGCCUGGACUUCCCCAAUCUGCCCUACUUAAUUGAUGGGGCUCACAAGGUCACCCAGAGCAAUGCCAUCCUUCGCUACAUUGCUCGCAAACACAACCUAUGUGGGGAGACAGAAGAGGAGAAGAUUCGCGUGGACAUUUUGGAGAACCAAGCUAUGGACACCUCUAAUGAGCUGGCCAGGGUCUGCUACAGCCCCGACUUUGUGAGUCCCCUGCCGGCGGACGGGAUGGACAGGUUUUGGACAGGACACUGGAGUCUUGUGUCCCCUCUACUUUGUAUUUACUUGCCAUUUGGACCCAGUGGAGAUGCUGACCCCCCGACCCUGUACUGUCACCAGAGUGAGAAUGCAUGGGGUGAAAACUCCGCCUCGGUUCCUACUAAUCUUAAGUCAGAGUUGGCCUGUACAUAUUGGAGCCCAAGUCUCCUGAGCAUUACAACUUUAUUGGAAAUUCAGUUCCUGGACAGUGUGUUUGCCUUGUUUGCUCAGCACGGUCUUCCUGACACCCCCCGGCCCAAGCACAUCUGCCCAGCAGAGUGCACGGGGCCGACCCAGGGAUUUGUACCUCCUCCUUCCUCUCCGUUUCUCAAAUUCUACAUCUUUCCAGAUACUACUCAAGUGACCAAUCCUAUCUGUGCCCUACUAGGUAGAACUUAGGAUUUCUUUCCCCAGGCCAUGUCACUUGUGUGUUUCCUUGCCUCUUAGAGAUGAGUGGUGACAGAUUCAGGGCCAGCGAGGUGGUGUUCUCUGCUUCCACAGCCUCUGACAGAUGGACUGUGUGAUGGGCUGAACAGAGCUUGGAUAAAUCAUCGCCUG